AUGAAUAGAAAUAAAGAGGAAGAAGACGAUGAGAAAUGGUUGAAGAUUUGGGAUUGUGGGAGCCCUUUAUAUGAUGCAUAUGAAUUGGUUGCAGUGAGCCAUGUUGUCGAGAGGAACUGCAUGAUUCUGCCUUAUCUCAGUGGAUCGAGAAACGAUGACGUGGCGGAUUCGUGCUCGUCGGAGAAGGCGGUCGAGACGACGUCGGAGAGGCCGUCGGUGAUGGGUUUCUUCUGCAGGAACGUGUGGAAGAGGAAGAGAGAUGGAGAGAGAGAUCACAAGGUUAAGAGGCACAAAAUUAGUGGGAUUUCUAAGAUUUUUGCAUGGAGAAAAUAG